AUGUGUUUUCUGAGAUCUAUUUGUUCGUCUCUCCUAGCUCUCCACUGUGGUUUGAAUCCACGGGGUAUUGAUCACCCUGCCCAUGCCGAAGGAAUUAAGCUGCAAAUUGAAGGUGAAGGGAUAGAAUCUCAAUCCAUUAAAAACAAAAAUUUCCAGAAGGUGCCUGACCAAAAAGGAACCCCCAAGAGACUGCAGGGAGAAGCCGAGACAGCAAAGUCAGCUACGGUGAAGCUGUCAAAACCAGUGGCCCUGUGGACCCAGCAGGAUGUCUGCAAGUGGUUGAAGAAACACUGUCCAAAUCAGUAUCAGAUCUACAGGCGAGCCCUGCUGAGACUCACCGACAAGAAGCUGGAACGCUUGGGGAUCGCCCAGGAGAACCAGAGACAGCACAUCCUCCAGCAGGUGCUCCAACUGAAGGUGCGGGAAGAAGUCAGAAACCUGCAGCUACUCACACAAGAAGCAGUAAACAAACCUGUUCCCAGAACUACACUGACAACAUUGAUGAUGGCAGCACACAAAUUAAGAGCCUCAGUGGAGGGUUCUCCAUAAACACGUUAGCCUUGCAAGCUGCUGUCCUGCCAGUGGAAACUGACAUGGCCCGUUCCCCAGAGAAAGACAUACUCAUGGUACUGCCAGAAGAGAUCCUUGGAGCACUUACAGAUUAACUGGAUUAACUGAGAAAAUGCCCGUUCAGUCAAGAUUAUGAAGUUUGGGAAGAGAAAAAAUUCUUGGUUUGCAGUGGAUUGUCAAAUGAGGUGCAUAACAUAUAUCGCCAACUCGUUCCAAGUGGCCAUUGGCAGACCAUUAGCUGGAAAAUUGCUUCCAGUUUUCAUCACUGUGCAUAACUCAAGUUCCCCUUGGGCUCUGUCUGUGCCCUUCACUAGAAGUCCUGUUUUAGCAUGGCAACUACUGGAUUAUUUCAUUAAGUGUGCAGAUGGCAUGAUGUCUUAGAAAAAAAAUACAAGAGUCUCAGUGGAAGGGUUCACAAUGUUAUGCCCUGGUAGGAAUGUAAACGUGUCUUGAUUGUGUUAGUUACAAUGUCCAAAGGUGUUCUGUCUAACGCUGAAGCACUUUAUAUGAGAAUGCUACACUGAGAUGAAAUAGCACAUUUGGUCCAUGUAGGAAAACAAAUGUUUUCUCUUUUCUUUACAAACCUUGUCUUAUUUCUGGCUCAGACUGUCCAAGACAAACUCCACUCCUAGUCGCCUCCCAGUUGUCUGUGGUAGAUCAGUGUAAAUAUGGCCACAAUACUGUUAGAUUUCACUUUCUGACACUUUACUGGAUAACUGGAUUACUUAUAGCACAAAGGGAAGUAGACGCUCGCCAGCCUGGUGACUAGACUAUUUGAAGUCUUGGUUCCUUGGACCCAAGCACAACUUAACACAUGACAUCAUGACACUCUGUACAGUAUGCUGCUCCUUGGCCGAUGCAUACACUCUUCUUCUAUAGCGGAGAUCUUCCAAACACAAAAACCAUUGUGGACUGAUGCCAAGGGAAGCAGAGUGCAACCUUCCUUAGUGGUCCCACUUCCACACUUAGGAAAACUUCCAGAGGUCAAGUUUAAGUCACAAUUCUGGAGAGAAGCAUCAAAUGACGCUCGCCCAACCCACCCUGUGUGCCUAGAGCAGUAAAACAUCGAGCCCACACGAGGUUUCUUCCCUAUUAAUACUUCCUGGGAUGUAUAUAUGACUGUUUUUUCUUUAAUUCUGUCUAACAACAAAGCACAGUUCUGGGAAAGCUAUCCAUUCAGUGGUUGCUUUCCUGAACACUAGAGAAGUAAUCUUUCAUAUUGAUUGCCCCUUGUGAUACAUUAGCAUCCUUUCCCUGGAAAUUGAAACUUGGUUGAAUCAAAACCUCAGCAAAGUGUGUUAUGAGUGCUCACUCACCUAACCUGAGAGCAUUAGGCAUCAGAGACUAAUAUUUAAAAGAGAUGUAACAACUUCUGGUACCCUUCCAGCAUAAGCAAGCAAGACUUUUGCAUUGUCUCCAAGCACUCAUUCUCUGUCUCCACUUGGGGUCUCAGGCGGUGGAAAGGCCUGAAUGGGAAGCACAUAGGAUAUCUCUCCACAGAAUGACACACAUUCUGUCAGAUGUGGGCUAUAGGAGGGCCUCCUGAUAGGGAACUCAGAGAAAUGGUAGCCACCAUGAGAUCUGGACUUUUCCUCGAUCACCAAAGACCCAUCAAAAACAGACCACAAUUCUCUAAACUGGUAACCUAAACCCAGGCUGCCAAUGUUCCCGCCCUACGACCCAUCCUUUUGUCUUAGUUCCAACAGCAGGGUUUAUGCAUCCCUUCACUCCUCCUUUUCAUUCAGCAAGCAUCUGUUGAGGGACCACCAUGUGCCAAGAACCAUGCUGGGCCAACUCUAGUAUAUAAGGCACACUCUUCUAAUUCUAUUGAGUUAUUUCUUUCUCUCUUGUCCCACAGUGCAAAUUCAAUUGAGACAUUCAUACCCCCCCACCCUUGCCAGAGAGAUAUAGGAAAACCUUCAUGACAGACAUCAGGCAGGUCCCAUUCCCGAAUGAGUGGGCAGCUUCAGAACACAUGGAGAACCUCGCUAGACAGCCAGCUAGGUUGAGCAGAGCUUCCCACAGCAGCUCUCAGUUGCUAGCUGACCCCAGUCUCUCCUUUCUAUAGACACUAGCAUUUACCACUAUGCUGGAUUCUCUGAAAUGCCAAUCCUGUAACUACUCCUAAAGAGCCUGAAUUGGUUCUAAUGAAUCCUAUAAAUCCUGCCAGGUGCUGAGAUCUCGGAGCUGGGAAUUAACUGGUGAUGCUCUGAGACUCCUGCUAAAACCCUUGGAGAACUGGUUGCACAAUGAGGUGCAGAUUCCACAAAGUGAUCAUGGGCUACUGUUAUUUUGGCUUUUGCAAAAUAAUCUGAACAAUUAAAAACAAGUUGCCUCUUUUUUUUUUUUUUUUUUUUUUGCU